UUUGGGCCUUCAGGUUAACAAAAAUUAAAAAUAAAAACAUUUUCUUUUUCACGCAAACUCCACAGCUAAAGAAGUAGAAACGCAGCAAAAGUGUAGGGAUAAGGGAACUUCCUGCGGUAUUCAUUUCCGGCGGUUUUCUCAACUCCGGGCAUAUGGACAUGAGCAACACACACAACAACACCUUGUGGUUCUUCAAGCACAAAGGUUUUGACGACAAAAACAUUCACGAAAUCUUCAAAAAAUGCAAGCGCCUCGAAGGUGUCCGAAAAGAAAACUUAUCCGAAAACUGGGACUACUUAAAAAAAAUCGGCAUCCACGAAAGAAAACUUCCAUCAAUCGUCACAAAAUGCCCACGAAUCAUGACUCUUGAUUUAAACGAAAAACUCAUCCCCAUGGUACAAUGUCUAACAACAUUAUCCACAAAACAACACGAAGUUGCUUCCGCUAUAACAAAAUUCCCGCACAUUUUAACACACAGCGUGGAAGAAAAACUCUGCCCGCUUCUCGGGUUCUUCGAGUCACUCGGGGUGUCAGGAACUCAGCUCGGUAAACUUCUUCUACAUAACCCAAGAAUUAUUAGCUACAGUAUUGACUCGAAGCUUUCUGGGGUGGUUGACUUUCUUGCGGGUAUCGGGUUGACCAAAGAAGGGUUGAUCGGUAAAAUCUUUGUUAAAAACCCGUCGAUCAUGGGUUACAAUGUUGAGAAAAGGUUACGCCCGACAACCGAGUUUUUACUUUCGUUAGGUGUAACUAAACCGGAUCUUCAACAUGUGGCGAUUAACUUUCCGGAAGUUUUGUGUAGAGACGUUGACAAGGUGUUGAAACCGAAUUUUGAGUACCUUAAGACACGCGGGUUUGAUUCGCAACAGAUAGCGACUAUAGUGGCCCGUUAUCCGCCUAUUUUGAUUAAGAGUGUUAAGAACUCGUUAGAGCCGAGGAUUAGGUUUUUGGUAGAGGUAAUGGGUCGACGAAUCGAGGAGGCUGCAAGUUAUCCAGAGUUUUUUCAGCACGGGUUGAAGAAACGGGUCGAGAGGCGGGAAAAGAUUUUGAAGCAGAAGAAUAUCUCUUGCAGUUUGAGUGAAAUGUUGGAUUGUAAUAAUAAGAAGUUUGUUUCUAGGUUUGAUUUGGUUGAGAAAUUUGUGUAAGGAGUUUUCUAAGUUACCUUUGAUGUGUUUUUGAUGUAAAAUAGUUGUAUGCAGUUUUAAACUGGUAUUCAUAUUUUUUUGUUUGGUUGA